AUUAAUCUAAAUGAAUGUGUUAAAUUUGACAGCAUCAAAAUCAAGCUGGGGUGGCCAGGCAUUUUUCAGGAGGGGCAGCUGCCACCCUACACCAGCCAUCUAGAUCCGCCCUUGAACAUCAUAACAUGGGAAGAUCUAGUCUGAAAUGGGCUCUGACACAUCUGAGCACAAGACGUAAGCCAGCUCUUCAUUUCCAGGUGAAAGUCAAUGUUUGUUUGUUUGUUCUGCUCUCAUUUUGAAUAUGAUGAUGAAUGAUCAUGAAUAUGUGAGGCUAAUAAACAUCUACAUGUGAAAGCACGUCACAAAACAAUGAAGAAGCCCCACAUGUUGCUCUAAAGCUGUAACACAGUUUCUUUUAUGCUCUAAAGUCGUUCAAUCAAGAUGGCAGACCGCUGCACCCACAGUGCAUCAGGAACACGGCCACAGGUCCUUCAUUCCAACAGCUGUCAGACUCUUCAACACAGCAGUGACAUAAUGUAGCAUUGUUCUGUUUCUCUGUAACAUCAACUAAAAACUCACAUCACCUUCACAUAUUUACCUCAGGUUUUAAUAUCCUGCUUACUCAUAUAUAUUGAAUAUGCACAUUUUAUUCUAUACAUACUCCUUAUAUAAGCUCUUUAUAUUCAAUAUAUAUAUAUCCUACUACAUUGUACCAUAACCUCCUGCUGUGACCUGUGCAAUGUUCCAUCAAUUACAUCUGUAUAUAAAAGCUGUAUACAGUGUGCAUAUAACUCUUAUUCUUAUUUUUCUAUUUAAUUUUUAUUUAUUGUCUAUUUUGUUAUGUAUUGUGUUGUUUUGUAUAUGCAGCUGCUGUAAAAGCGAAUUUCCCCAGUGUGGGACCGACAAAGUCUAUUAACUUAUCUUAUCAAUCAGAUUUGUUUAAUGCAUUUUCUGUAAGUUUUGUCACUAAUGAGCUUCCAUACACUUGCAACUAACUUUCUCUUCCCGGGGAAUCCAGUUGUAAGUCAGCAAAACAAACAUGUUGGUCUGAGAGGAAGUGAUGACACUGAUUGGGCCUUUAGUUAGGGGGACUUUAUGGGAUUCACCAGACACCCAGCUGAUAUAAACCCUGAGCAGUCUUACACACUGAGGUCCAUCCUAACUUACACUGUACCCUCGCCUCACACACUGUUAUAAUAACAUAAUGAUAUCUUCAUGUGUCGGCUGGGGAUGAGGGGGGUGUUGCCGGGGGCUCAACUGUUCUAACCCCACCUCCAGAGGAGUGAGUGUGGGAGCAGAAGUUCCUCUCUCUACCGGCUCCUGCAGUCUCCGGUUGAGCCUCCGUCCCGCUGCAGAGUCCUGACAUUUUGGCAUCAUGGAGCUCCGUUAUGCGCUCAUACUCUGCUGCCUCGUUGUGCCACUGUGCGCUGCGAACACUAAUCUGAGCACUCACUUUGUUUUGGAGCCCUAUGAUUUCCUCUUCGACACGGCGGUGGAAGCCUACUACAAGGGGGACUGGUUGACGGUGAUCCUGAACAUGGAGAAGGCGCUCAGGAACAAAGCUACGGUCCGCAGCGUGAAGGCUCAGUGCCGGAUGAGCUGCGCCAACCAGACCUCUUUCGGAGAUCGGCUGGCCGGCUUGGGAGUUCCCAUACCGGGAUCCGGAUCUGUGGAGGACCUGGGAUUCUUCCAGAAGAUCCUGAAACGGGCGGACUGCGUGAACUCCUGCGAAACUGAGAAACUGGGUUCACCAACUAUGCACCAAGUGACUGGAGAAGUGCAGCUGGAGUUCAACAAGAGGACCCCGUACAAUUACUUACAAGUGGCAUAUUUUAAGAUCAAUAAGCUGGACAAGGCAGUGGCAGCUGCCCACACGUUCUACCAGGCCAACCCGGAUCACAUGGAGAUGAGACAGAACCUGGAGUACUACAGGAUGAUGGCGGGAGUAAAGGAAGAGGACUUUAAAGAUUUGGAGGCCAGGACACAUAUGGCCGAGUUCCUGCUGGGGAAGAGUUACUACAGCGACGACUCGUUCGGCCUGGCGGCUAAACACUUCGAGGUGGCCGUAGACGAGUACUUCACCGCCGAUAAGGAGUGCAGAGCGCUGUGCGAGGGGGCCUACAACUACGACGGAUACAACUACAUGGAGUACAGUGCCGACCUGUUCCAGGCCAUGACGGACCACUACCUUCAGGUACUGAACUGUAAGCAGCACUGCGUGGUAGAGCUGGCCUCAACUGCAGGCAGAGACAAGCCCUUUGAGGACUUCCUCCCCUCACACUUCAACUACCUGCAGUUCUCCUACUACAACAGUGAGAAAUAUGAGCAGGCCAUAGAGUGUGCUAGGACCUUCCUGUUGUUCCACCCUGACGACGAGGUGAUGAACCAGAACCUGGCCUAUUAUUCUGCCGUGCUGGGUGAAGACAAGGCAAAGACCAUAUCAGCCAGACAGGUGGUGAAACUGUACAUUCAGCAGUCCAUACUGGAAAAAGAGCUGCUCUACUUUGGAUAUGAAGCCUUCGGAGUCACCUUUGUAGAUCCAGACACAUGGACUCCUGAAGAUGUCAUGCCCAAGAAACUGAGAGACAAGCAGAAAGCCGACAGAGAGACUGCAGCAAGGAUCACAGAGGAAAUAGGAAACCUAAUGAAGGAGAUUGAGACUCUGGUUGAGGAGAAGAAGAAGGAUUCUUCAGAUAUUACCAUGAUUAUAGCGCCACAGGAAGGUGUCAGUGUGUUGCAUGAUAACAUUAAGGUGACCAUGACGCCCCAGCAGCUGAACGGCUCUCAGCGGGUGCUGCUGGAUGGAGUGAUCAGUGAUGACGAGUGCAGGGAGCUGCAGCGCCUCUCCAAUGCAGCAGCUCUGAAAGGUGAUGGCUACAGGGGGCGCCCUUCCCCCCAUUCCCCCAGUGAGAUGUUCCAGGGAGUCACUGUCCUGAAGGCUGUGAAGCUCGGACAGGAGGGGAAGGUUCCACUGAAGAGCACUCGUCUGUUCUUCGACCUUAGUGAGAAGGUGAGGAAGGUGGUGGAGUCGUACUUCCACCUGGAAACUCCGCUCUACUUCUCUUACUCCCACCUGGUCUGCCGCUCCGCCAUUGAUGAGAAGCAGGAGGAACGCAAGGACCUGAGUCAUCCUGUUCAUGUUGACAACUGUCUGCUGGUCUCUGAGAUUAACGAGUGUAUAAAGGAACCUCCUGCGUACACACACAGAGACUACAGUGCCAUCCUCUAUUUGAAUGAUGACUUUGAAGGAGGAGAUUUCAUCUUCACUGAGCUGGAUGCUAAAACAGUCACGGCCGAGGUGCGUCCACAGUGCGGCCGUGUGGUCGGGUUCGGAGCGGGGAAGGAGAACCCCCACGGCGUCAGAGCCGUCACUAAGGGUCAAAGGUGCGCUGUGGCGCUGUGGUUCACCCUGGAUCCUACUCACGAGGAAAAGGAGAGAAUCCAGGCUCAGGAUAUUCUGCAUAUGUUUUCUACCCCUGUAAAUGAAGAUUUCAUCAAAAGGGAGGUGACUGACACCUCCAAGCCCCAGCCGACAACCCCAGAGCCUCCUGUGCAGGCUGAACAGGAAAAAGUGGACAGCAAACAAGAAGAUAAACCAGUAGAGCAGAAGCUGGAUGCACCAGCAGACGUGCAGGCCGACAAACCAGCCGAGCAGAAGCCGGACGCACCAGCAGACGUGCAGGCCGACAAACCAGCCGAGCAGAAGCUGGACGCACCAGCAGAUGUGCCGGCCGAUAAACCAGCCGACUCACCAAAGGACAAAACAGAGGCCAAACUGGUCUCUAAAGCCAAAGCUGCUCCUAAAGCGAAGGCCAAAGCUGGAGCGCAAGUGAAGACCAAGACAGCAGACAAAGUCAAACCUGCUGCUAAAAAAGAUGGAAAACAGACGGUUAAAACACAAGCCAAGCAGGUAAAGGACGGCAAAAAAACCGCUACAAAAAAGACGGUAAAAGUUGCAGCCAACAAGGACUCCAAGAAAGCUAAAGCCGACGCCACGUCGGCCUCAGACUCUGAGAGCGACAGGGACGAGCUGUGAUCCACUGUGUCUGUGUGGUGUCUAUUUUUCUACUAUUUUCUACAAGGUCUCCUCUGUGGGUGGUUGAAUGGAAAAGGAGUGAAAGGUUGAUUUCGUGAAAGGUUAUUUGUCUUUUAAUUAAUUGGUUAUGGUGGAGGAUGCAAUUGUGUUUAACAAUGUCAGUCAUAACUUAAGAAUACCAAGGGACUGCUGUUUCACUGCAUACGUACUGACAAUCUGCCAGAGUGCCUUCAUCACUGUGACCAUCUUUGUUUGGCAUCCAAAGCUUUGUGUAGCUGCUACAUUUGUUCUCAGUUUCCAACCUGAAUUUUCUGUAGCUGUUGUUGGAACCAAGCAAGGGUGGGUUAA